CGGCUAAACAUAAAAGAUAGAAGGAUCGCAAGCUCCGAAAAAUAGGAGAUAUAAAAUAUAGAAGGAGGAUAGCAAAUUUAAGUAGCAAAAUCAAAAUCACUGCGAUUCCAUCUCGAUCCUCUUCUUCGUUUUUGUCUUCGAUCUUCAAUUUGUCUCUGCGUACUUCACACCAUGGCUACCGCUUCAGUGGCAUUUAAAUCCAGGGAGGACCAUCGGAAACAGAUUGAGUUGGAGGAGGCACGAAAAGCGGGGCUUGCGCCAGCUGAACUUGAUGAGGAUGGGAAGGAAAUCAACCCUCAUAUUCCCCAGUAUAUGUCAUCUGCGCCUUGGUAUCUUAAUGCCGAGAGACCUAGUUUGAAACAUCAAAGAAAAUGGAAAUCUGAUCCCAAUUACACCAAAUCAUGGUACGACAGAGGUGCUAAAAUUCAUCAGGCAGACAAGUAUAGAAAAGGCGCAUGCGAAAAUUGUGGAGCUAUGACACAUGAUGUGAAGUCAUGUAUGGAAAGACCACGAAAAGUGGGAGCAAAAUGGACAAACACUCACAUUGCCCCUGAUGAAAAGAUAGAAACUUUUGAGCUUGACUAUGAUGGAAAACGGGACAGGUGGAAUGGUUAUGACGCAUCUACUUAUGCUCGAGUCAUUGAGAGGUAUGAAGCUAGAGAUGAAGCACGAAAGAAGUACCUGAAAGAACAACAGCUUAAGAAAUUGGAGAAGAGCAACCAAAAUGGUGAGGAUGCUGCAAGUGAUGAGGAUGAAGAUGAAGAUGAAGAUGAAGAUGAUCUAAGGGUAGAUGAAGCAAAGGUUGAUGAGAGCAAGCAAAUGGACUUUGCAAAGGUUGAGAAGCGUGUGCGUACAACAGGUGGUGGGAGCACAGGAACUGUGAGGAAUUUACGUAUUCGAGAGGAUACUGCAAAAUAUCUUCUUAAUCUUGAUGUUAAUUCAGCACAUUAUGAUCCCAAGACCAGAUCCAUGCGAGAGGAUCCACUUCCAGAUGCUGAUCCAAAUGAAAAGUUUUAUGGGGGUGAUAACCAAUAUAGAAAUAGUGGGCAAGCUUUGGAAUUUAAGGAGUUGAACAUCCAUGCUUGGGAAGCAUUUGAAAAGGGACAAGAUGUUCACAUGCAAGCGGCCCCAUCACAAGCUGAAUUAGUCCAUAAGAGUUUCCUUAUCCGGAGUGAGGAGCUGAAACAUCAAACAAAGAAAACAAUUAUUGAGAAGUAUGGCAAUGCUGCUGAUGAGAACAAGCCUCCAAGAGCACUUCUGCUAGGCCAAACCGAAAUGCAAGUUGAGUAUGAUCGUGCUGGUAGAAUAAUUAAAGGCCAGGAAGCAGCAGUCCCCAGGAGCAAGUAUGAAGAAGAUAUUUACAUUAACAACCAUACAACUGUGUGGGGCUCAUGGUGGAAGGAUCACCAGUGGGGCUAUAAGUGCUGCAAGCAGACAAUACGAAAUAGCUAUUGCACUGGUGCUGCUGGUAUUGAGGCUGCUGAAGCUGCAAGUGAUCUUAUGAAAGCAAAUAUUGCCCGUAAGGAGGCUGCUACAGACGAUCCUGCACCUGUGGAUGAGAAAAAGCUUGCUACGUGGGGUACUGAUGUCCCAGAUGGUUUAGUUCUAGAUGAGAAAUUGCUUGCUGAUGCACUCAAGAAGGAAGAUCUAAGGAAGAGGGAAGAGAAAGAUGAGAGGAAACGCAAGUAUAAUGUCAGAUGGAACGAUGAGGUUACUGAAGAAGAUAUGGAGGCAUACAGAAUGAAGAAAGUACAUCAUGAUGAUCCAAUGAAAGAUUUCCUUCACUAACCUUCAAAAUAAUCUAUCUUUCAUUGAAAGUCAGGAGCCGGGGGAAACUAUUGAUUUUCAUGUAUAGUUUUUUAUGCAUCGGUUAAUCACUUCUGAUGUCUUUAAUGCCAGUGUAACAUUUUAUCAACCUUUAGAAGUUCGUUUGCUUGAGUGUUGUGUAAAAUGAAGAGUAAUAUAAUGGGUUGAUUGAAAAUUGUUAAA